CCUCAUUAUAUGCUGAGUGCUGAGCGCGACAUGUCGAAGAUCUACAACUGCUGAGAAAAGGAGCUAGACCUUAACAUCUCUACUACAUAUGUCUACGAGACCACUCUCCACCUGAUUACGACCAUAGAGAAUGACUAUCGCACCUCCGAAUAAAGCCAGCAAAUGGCCGCUUAAUUGUACUGAAUUGUCUAGCAGAGCGGACAAUGGCCGACACUCCUUACCCGGAACCAGGAUUACCUCGAGAUACGAGUAACGAUACCAGGGAAGCCCCUCCCUUACCUGACAUGCAUUGCCAGAAUUGCGGCACUAUCAAAACUUCUAUGUGGCUGUCGAGACCAACGAUGGUAUCAUCAGAUUUGCAACGCUUGCGGCUUAUGGUACAAAUUCCAUAAAUCGCCUCGGCCCCCGCAGAUGAGAAAAGAGACAGUUCGAAAACGGAGGCGUGCGGUCCUUACUAACCAUGAUUGUCUUGAAGUCGGUCUUCCCUCAGCGGCACGACGUGACCACAAUCAAAAGCCCAACCCAGCAUUGGCCAAUGCCGAGAGGAGAAGUUGCACCACGAUCACGGCUCCCGUAACCCUUACACAAGAGAACAUCGCUAGCGAUCGAUCUAUCGAUCUUCCAGGCCCGCGGAUGAUUCGACCACGGUUUGCCGCUGCAGUCGAAGACAAAGAACCUGAACAAAAGGCUGGCGCGAUUCAUCAACACAGUGAUAAUGGAGAGAAUAUAAGUGCGAAAGGGUCUAGUCGACAAGACACAUUAAAAGGUAGAGACUACGUGCGGUGGAAAUCUAGACGGCGAGCUCAAUUAUUCUAUGAAGCCGAGGUUUUGCGACCAGCCCUUCUGGAAAAGGAACGUGAGAUUGAAGAAAUUACAGAAUAGUUUGGAGACCAGGACACGCGAACAGAGCGCAUGGUAAAACUAGAUUCCUGGUCACUGGCUGUAAAUUGCGCCGAUGUGACGCCUCAGAGGUAUCGGUUGGCGCCGCCGAACUCUUGACCUUAGUAGCGGUCUCAGUUUAGAAGCUGUAAAGGCAAGCACAC